AUGAAUGAAAAUUCUACGAAUGAUGGCGCUAUCUUAGUUGAGAAUUCACUUCCUGCACAACGUUCUCAUGAUGAUAAUGAGCAAUGUGAAAACUCAACGCAAAAUGAAUUUAAUUCAGCAGAUUGUGCUACUACUACUAAUAAAGCGAAGAAGUCGUCAAUGACUCCGACACCUUUAGAAUCCUCAUGUUGGUCACGACAUCGAUCUUCAGCUGCUGCAUGUGUACUUGCUGUAUUCACAAUUAUGGCAAUGACUGUUGGUGUACUGACAGUUUGUUUUACUUCACCUAAAACUGCUGGUAUGUUCUUUUUAAUUGAUAUAUUAGCCACUUUUUUUCAAAAGUGUGAGCUUAAAUUCAAACCAACAGCUCAAAAACCAAUUGAAUAUAAGUAUGGUCCACGAUCUGUCGCCAUCGGUGAUUUCAACAAUGACACAUGCUUGGAUAUGGUUAUUGCUCAUCAUGUAGUUAACAAAAUAACUGUUUAUCUUGGACAUGGUAAUGGCACCUUUACAAGUCCAAUCCUGUAUUCAACCGGUUCCUACUCAAGUCCUUACAUGGCCAUAGUUGGCGAUUUCAACAAUGAUUCUCACUUGGAUAUUGCAGUAGCAAAUUUUGGCACCAACAAUAUCGGUAUCUUUCAUGGAUUUAGCAAUGGCUCUUUUGCAAGUCAAAUAGAACUUUCAACAGGCUCAUUUCGUCCGAUAGCAAUUAUCGGUGCUUAUUUUAACAAUGACUCACUACUUGAUAUUGCCACCGUCAAUUACGGAAACUGCAGUAUCAGUCUACUUUAUCAAUAUGAAAAUGGAAGUUUUUCGUCUCCAAUGACAUAUCCGACAGGUUAUGAUUCUUUUCCAUCCUCAGUAGCUGCUGGAGAUUUCAAUAACGACAACUAUUUAGACCUCGCCAUUGCCAAUUAUGGCACUAACAAUGUUGGCAUACUUUUUGGCAAUAGCAACAGCAUUUUUUCAAAGCAAAUAACCAUCUCAACUGGCACUGAUUCUCAUCCAUACUCAAUCGCCAUUGGCCGCUUCAAUGCAGACAACUUUCUAGAUAUCGCUGUCGCUAAUUCCGGAACUCAUCAAAUAGGUGUACUUCUAAACAACGCCAAUGGAACUUUCGCUAGUCAAGCUACCUAUUCCAUAGAGAUUGCUUCUCCAUAUGCGAUUGGCGUCGGAGACUUCAACGACGAUAAUCGAUUGGACAUAGUCAUCGUGAAUAACGGCAACGAUAACAUAGGUAUAUUUCUUGGUUACGGAAACGGCUACUUUGCAAAUCCCAUCAUGUAUUCAACUGGAUCGUCUUCUUCGAUUUCAGUUGCUAUAGGUGAUUUCAACAAGGACCACCGAUUAGAUAUUGCCGUCGUAAACAAUGAUACUGGUGGCAUAGAUAUUCUUCUUGGUCGUUACGAAGGUUCUUUUAAUCAAACAAGUUAUUCAACUGGCACUUAUCCACAAUUUGCAGCUGUUGGUGAUUUCAAUAACGAUACUCGACUAGAUAUCGUUGUCGCCAAUUAUGAUACCAAUGAUGUGAGUGUUCUUCUUGGAUAUGAGAAUGGUUCUUUUGAAACUCAAGCAACGUACUCAGCUGGCUCUAAUCCACAAUCUGUAGUUGUUGGUGAUUUCAACAACGACACUCGACUAGAUAUUGUUGUUGUCAGUUAUGAUACCAAUGAUGUGAGUGUCCUUCUUGGAAACGGAGAUGGGUCUUUUGCAACUCAAACAAGGUAUUCAGCUGGUUCCUAUCCACGAUCUGUAGCUGUUGGUGAUUUCAACAACGACGCUCGACUAGAUAUCGUUGUUGCCAAUUCGAAAAGCAAUGAUGUGAAUAUCCUUCUUGGAUACGGGAAUGGCUCUUUUGCAGCUCGAACAAGGUAUUCAGCUGGCUCCUAUCCAGUAUCCGUAGCUGUUGGUGAUUUUAAUAACGACGCUCGACUAGAUGUCAUUGUUGCCAAUUACGAUAGCAAUGAUGUGAGUAUCCUUCUUGGAUAUGGAAAUGGCUCGUUUGGGAAUCACAGUAGUUUUACAGCUGGCUUUUAUCCACUAUCUAUAGCUGUUGGCGAUUUCAACAACGACACUCGACUAGACACCGUUGUCGCCAAUCGGUACAGCAAUGAUGUGAGUGUCCUUCUUGGAAACGGGGAUGGCUCUUUUGCAACUCAAACAAGGUAUUCAGCUGGCUCUUAUCCAUUAUCUGUAGCUGUUGGUGAUUUCAACAACGACGCUCGACUAGAUAUCGUUGUCGCCAACUGGCGGAGCUAUGAUGUAAGUGUCCUUCUUGGAAACGGGGAUGGCUCUUUUGCAACUCAAAAAAGGUAUUCAGCUGGCUCUUAUCCAUUAUCUGUAGCUGUUGGUGAUUUCAACAACGACGCUCGACUAGAUAUAAUUGUUGCCAAUGGGGGUAGCAAUGGUGUAAGUCUCCUGCUGCAAUAUAACAGAGGAGCGAUUGCAUAUGAAAUGUCCUUCGCACCUGGUGGUGGUUCUUGGCUACAAUAUGUAGUCAUUGGUGAUUUGAACAAUGAUACUAACGUGGAUAUCGUCUUAGCUAAUUAUGGUACGAAUAAUAUAGGUAUCCUUUUUGGAUAUGGGAACGGCAGUUUUGAAAAUCAAAUGAUGCUCAGCACUGGCGUGAAUUCCCAUCCGAUUUCCAUCGCUGUUGGGGACUUCAAUGGUGACCGUGAAACGGAUAUUGCUGUAGCCAAUUAUGGUACAAAACGUGUAGAUAUGAUACUUGGAAAUGGGAAGGGAAUAUUUGCAAGUCAAGUAAGUUCUGAAAUUGGUUUUGAUUCGCCUCCGUUAAUGAUGGCUUCUGGUGAUUUUAAUAAUGACAAACAAUUGGAGAUCGCUAUCGCUUACGAUGGAAAUGAUCAUGUAGAUAUCUUUGUUGCGUACAAUCGUGGCUCGUUUACAACUGAACCAAAAUAUUCAGCUGGCUUAAUCCCAUAUUCCGUAGCUGUUGGUGAUUGCAACAACGACACCAGACUAGAUAUCGUUGUCGCCAACAUUGGUAGCCAUGAUGUGAGUGUUCUUCUUGGAUAUGGAGAUGGCUCUUUUCAAACUCAAGCAAGGUACUCAGCUGGCUCCAGUCCACAAUCUGUAGCUGUUGGUGAUUUCAACGGCGACACUCGACUAGAUAUCAUUGUUGCCAAUUACGAUAGCAGUAAUGUGAGUGUCCUUCUUGGAUAUGGAAAUGGGUCGUUUGGGAAUCAAAGAAGUUUUUCAGUUGGCUCUUAUCCACUAUCUGUAGCUGUUGGUGAUUUCAACAACGACACUCGACUAGACAUCGUUGUUGCCAAUUGGGGUAGCGAUGAUGUGAGUGUCCUUCUUGGAUAUGGGAAUGGCUCUUUUGCAACUCAAACAAGGUAUUCGUCUGGUUCUAGUCCAUCUUCUGUAGCUGUUGGUGAUUUAAACAACGAUACUCGACUAGAUAUCAUUGUUGCCAAUCGGUACAGCAAUGAUGUGAGUGUCCUUCUUGGACAUGGGGAUGGCUGUUUUGCAAAUCAAACAAAAUAUUCAGCUGGUUCUUAUCCACAAUGUGUAGCUGUUGGUGAUUUAAACAACGAUGCUCGAUUAGAUAUCGUUGUCGCUAAUUGGGACAGCAAUGAUGUGAGUGUCCUUCUUGGAUAUGGGAAUGGCUGUUUUGCAAAUCAAACAAAAUAUUCAGCCGGUUCUUAUCCACAAUGUGUAGCUGUUGGUGAUUUCAACAACGACGCUCGAUUAGACAUUGUUGUCGCCAAUAGGGGUAGCAACGAUGUUAGUGUCCUUCUUGGAUAUGGGAAUGGCUCUUUUGCAACUCAAACAAGGUAUUCAGCUGGUUCUCUUCCAUCUUCUGUAGCUGUUGGUGAUUUCAACAACGACACUCGACUAGAUAUCGUCGCCUCCAAUGAAGGUAGCCAUGAUGUGAGUAGUCUGCUUGCGUAUGACAAUAUAGUUUUUGUAAAGCAAGUGAUGCUCAUAACUGGAGAUGGUUCCGGACCACAGUGGUUAGUGAUUAGCGAUUUUAACAAUGAUGAUCUAAUGGAUAUUGGCGUUGCCAAUUUACGCAGCCACAAUAUUAGUAUUUUCCUUGGAUAUGGAAAUAUCUCUUUUGCAAAUCAAAUGACAUAUUCAACUAGUCUGUACUCAUCUCCAUGCUCUAUAGCUGUCGGGGAUUUCAACAAUGAUACUCGAAUGGAUAUCGUCUUCGCUAGUUGUGAAUCGAACGCGGUUGGUAUUAUUCUUGGAUAUGGGAAUGGCUCUUUUGGAAAUCAAAUAAUGUAUUCAACAGGCUCAAGUUCGUUUCGAUACUCUUUGGCUGUUAGUGACAUUAACAACGACACUAAACAAGAUGUUGUCGUCGCGAAUUAUGAUGCCAAUAACGUAGGUAUAUUUCUUGGAUAUGGGAACGGUACAUUUGCGAAUAUCAUCCUGUUUGCGUCGGAUUACGGUUCCCAUCCAUUCUCUAUUGUUGUUGCUGAUUUUAACAAUGACAGAAAACUAGAUUUUGCCAUGGCCAAUAAUGGCACUGACGAUAUAAAUAUUCUCUUGCAGACAUGUUAG